AUGUUCCUGUACAAUAUAACACUGCAGAGGGCCACCGGCAUCAGCUUCGCCAUCCAUGGAAACUUCUCAGGAACCAAAUUACAAGAGAUUGUUGUUUCCCGGGGGAAGAUCCUGGAGUUACUCAGACCCGAUGCCAACACAGGAAAAGUCCACACCUUGCUGACGGUGGAAGUGUUUGGGGUCAUCCGCUCCCUCAUGGCCUUCCGCCUGACUGGAGGCACGAAGGAUUAUAUUGUGGUGGGCAGUGACUCGGGCCGUAUCAUCAUUCUGGAGUAUCACCCCUCCAAGAACAUGUUUGAGAAGAUCCACCAGGAAACCUUUGGGAAGAGCGGUUGUCGGAGGAUCGUCCCCGGGCAGUUUCUGGCUGUGGACCCCAAGGGCCGAGCCGUCAUGAUCAGUGCCAUCGAGAAGCAAAAACUGGUGUACAUCCUGAACAGAGACGCAGCUGCCCGUCUAACCAUCUCCUCCCCGCUGGAGGCUCAUAAGGCCAACACUCUUGUGUAUCAUGUGGUGGGAGUAGACGUGGGCUUUGAGAACCCCAUGUUUGCCUGUCUGGAAAUGGACUAUGAGGAAGCUGAUAAUGACCCAACUGGAGAGGCAGCCGCUAACACCCAGCAGACACUGACCUUCUAUGAGCUGGAUCUGGGUCUGAACCACGUAGUGCGCAAAUACAGCGAGCCUUUGGAGGAGCAUGGCAACUUCCUGAUCACAGUUCCUGGAGGCUCAGAUGGUCCCAGUGGGGUGCUCAUCUGCUCCGAAAACUACAUUACCUACAAGAACUUUGGAGACCAGCCAGAUAUUCGUUGUCCCAUCCCAAGAAGGCGGAAUGAUCUGGACGAUCCAGAACGGGGAAUGAUCUUUGUUUGCUCGGCUACACAUAAAACCAAAUCCAUGUUUUUCUUCCUGGCUCAGACAGAGCAGGGGGACAUAUUUAAGAUCACACUGGAGACUGAUGAGGACAUGGUCACAGAAAUCCGUCUGAAAUACUUUGAUACCGUUCCAGUGGCUGCAGCAAUGUGUGUCUUGAAGACCGGUUUUCUCUUUGUAGCUUCGGAAAUUCGGGAACCAUUAUCUCUACCAGAUUGCACAUCUGGGUGACGAUGAUGAGGAACCGGAGUUCUCCUCAGCAAUGCCCUUAGAAGAGGGAGACACCUUUUUCUUCCAGCCCCGCCCACUGAAGAACCUGGUGCUGGUAGAUGAGCAGGACAGUCUCUCCCCCAUCAUGAGCUGCCAGAUUGCUGACUUGGCCAAUGAAGACACUCCUCAGCUGUAUGUAGCCUGUGGCCGUGGUCCUCGUUCUUCUCUCAGGGUCCUGAGGCACGGGCUUGAGGUGUCUGAAAUGGCCGUCUCAGAGCUGCCCGGUAAUCCCAACGCUGUAUGGACCGUUAGACGACACAUUGAAGAUGAGUACGAUGCAUAUAUCAUAGUAUCCUUCGUUAACGCCACACUGGUACUUUCUAUCGGUGAGACUGUAGAAGAAGUGACGGACUCCGGAUUUCUCGGGACGACCCCAACUCUGUCCUGCUCUCUGCUGGGGGAGGAUGCCUUGGUGCAGGUGUAUCCUGACGGAAUCCGUCACAUCCGUGCAGACAAGAGAGUCAAUGAGUGGAAGACUCCGGGGAAAAAGAUGAUUGUGAAGUGUGCGGUCAACCAGCGGCAGGUGGUGAUUGCCCUGACCGGAGGGGAGCUCGUCUACUUUGAGAUGGACCCCUCAGGGCAGCUGAAUGAGUACACAGAGCGGAAGGAGAUGUCUGCCGAUGUGGUGUGUAUGAGUCUGGCCAAUGUGCCACCAGGGGAGCAGCGAUCGCGCUUCUUGGCUGUUGGUCUUAUAGAUAACACGGUCCGGAUAAUUUCUCUGGACCCUUCGGACUGUCUGCAGCCUCUCAGUAUGCAGGCUCUCCCUGCCCAGCCCGAGGCCCUCUGUAUAGUGGAGAUGGGAGGUGCAGAGAGACAAGAUGAGCUGGGAGAACGAGGCUCCAUUGGCUUUCUCUACCUUAACAUAGGACUUCAGAACGGAGUACUGCUAAGAACCGUGUUAGACCCGGUAACAGGAGACUUGUCUGAUACCAGGACCCGGUAACUUGGGGUCACGGCCUGUCAAACUUUUCCGAGUCAGGAUGCAAGGUCAGGAGGCGGUGCUCGCCAUGUCCAGUCGCUCCUGGCUCAGCUAUUCUUACCAGUCCCGCUUUCACCUGACACCGCUGUCCUAUGAGACUCUGGAAUACGCAUCUGGCUUUGCGUCUGAACAAUGUCCGGAGGGUAUUGUAGCAAUCUCGACCAACACACUGAGAAUUUUGGCGUUGGAGAAGUUGGGUGCGGUGUUUAAUCAGGUGGCAUUCCCUCUUCAGUAUACACCACGCAAGUUUGUCAUUCACCCUGAGAGUCACAAUUUGAUCAUUAUAGAAACUGAUCACAAUGCUUACACGGAAGCCACCAAGGCUCAGCGCAAACAGCAGAUGGCAGAGGAAAUGGUGGAAGCUGCAGGAGAGGAUGAACGAGAGCUGGCAGCAGAAAUGGCGGCCGCAUUCCUGAACGAGAACUUGCCCGAAUCAAUUUUUGGAGCUCCGAAAGCAGGCAAUGGGCAGUGGGCAUCGGUGAUCAGGGUGCUGAAUCCCAUCCAGGGAAACACACUGGACCUGGUACAGCUGGAGCAGAAUGAGGCAGCGUUCAGUGUGGCCGUGUGUGUCGGUUCAGUAAACACUGGGGAGGAUUGGUAUGUCUUGGUAGGCGUGGCGAAAGAUCUUAUACUGAACCCGCGUUCAGUUGCCGGAGGAUUGGUGUACACCUACAAGCUGAUAAACAAUGGAGAGAAACUGGAAUUUGUACACAAGACCCCUGUGGAGGAAGUUCCAGCCGCUAUUGCACCCUACCAAGGACGAAUCCUGAUAGGGGUGGGCAAACUGCUGAGGAUCUAUGACCUGGGAAAGAAGAAGCUUCUGAGGAAGUGUGAAAACAAGCAUGUUCCAAACUUCAUCGUGGGGAUCCAAACCAUCGGACACAGAGUGAUUGUGUCAGAUGUCCAGGAGAGCUUCUUCUGGGUGCGGUAUAAGCGGAAUGAGAACCAACUGAUAAUAUUUGCUGAUGACACAUACCCCCGCUGGGUGACCAACUCUUCUCUGCUGGACUAUGAAACGGUUGCUGGGGCAGACAAGUUUGGAAAUAUCUGUGUGGUUCGUCUACCUACCAACACAAAUGACGAUGUUGAUGAAGAUCCUACUGGUAACAAGGCACUGUGGGACAGGGGACUUCUCAAUGGAGCGUCUCAGAAGGCCGAGGUGAUCGUUAACUAUCAUGUAGGAGAGACUGUGCUAUCACUGCAAAAGACCACCCUGAUUCCUGGAGGAUCUGAGUCCUUGGUCUAUACCACUCUAUCAGGCGGAAUUGGAAUCCUUGUCCCCUUUACGUCUCAUGAGGAUCAUGACUUCUUCCAGCAUGUAGAGAUGCACCUGCGUUCGGAGCACCCCCCGAUCUGUGGCCGCGAUCACCUCAGCUUCCGCUCAUAUUACUUCCCUGUCAAGAAUGUGAUUGAUGGCGAUCUGUGUGUGAACAGUUCAACUCUAUGGAGCCGACUAAACAGAAGAGCGUAGCGGAAGAAUUGGACAGGACGCCUCCUGAAGUCUCCAAGAAACUUGAAGAUAUUCGAACCCGUUACGCUUUUUAA